AUGCCAGUUCAAAGAUAUACUCCCAUCCCUGAAAUACUUACCGUUCAUGUUGCUAAUCUGAAGCAAGCAGUUGAUGAUUACCUCCCUAAAUAUGGUGCAGUUACAAUGGUUAGAAAGGGCGCAGAUAUGGAGAACCAACAAGAAGAACAUUUGAGUAAAACUUCAUCUUCUGUUAAGCAUGCAAAACGAAUUUUUGACCAAGUAAUUAAAGCACACCAUGUCUGUAAUAGAUCGGGAGAAAAAGAGAUCAAAGAGAAACUGUGUCAAAGGGGGGAUUUUAGGUUCAUCCAGAGAUCUUCAAAAGAAAAUCAAAAAAGCCUAAUAUUAAAACAUAGUAAAAUACACAUAGUACGAGCAGAAUAUGGCAUGGUUAAUAAUAUAUAG